AUGUCUUUGCAUGAUACGCGCAAGAAGAGAGAAACCAUUGACGUGCCCGCUGGAUAUUCCAGUCAUUUUCUCAAGAUCAUCAUGCGCCCAACGUUUGUUUCACUAUUGAUUAUCGCCUUUGCACUUUUUUCGUCUGCUGAGAUCGUCGAGCGUGACAGCGCGACAACAACAGCUGCCUAUAAUUAUGGAUCAAUAUCAGCAGUUUUAGAAUCAUUUGCCUCCGCUGUCAGCACUGCAGCACCAGCGUCAGUACUAUCAAAUGUGCCGGCCCAAACGGCGAACCUAAGCAACAUUGCCGCACCGCCCUCGGAUUUUAUUCCUGUUAUCAUGACUGCAGUCCCCAUGUCUGUGCUUGGAGAUAUCCUCGACUCAGCAUCGCGGAGCUCGCUAGCAUCCGAGUUCCAGAACGGGACCACGCCGGCCUGGUACCAAAGCCUACCAUCAUCGAUUCAGAGUUAUCUCACGGUCGUCCGUUCGCAAAUCAAUGAGGGUGCUCUGUCAUCGAAUGUGUCCGCGACUGUGGCUACUACGUCGAGCAGCACGGCGAAGGCGGCGCCUGCAGUGCCGGCUCCUACGGGGGCUAUGGCUGUCAAUAUGCUGGGAGCGCUGGGUAUUGCCGGAUUGGCCCUGGCACUAUAG